AAGGCUCAGGUCCCCAUGGUGCUGACUGCUGGUCCCAAGUGGCUCCUGGAUGUGACUUGGCAAGGAGUGGAAGACAACAAAAACAACUGCAUUGUGUACAGCAAAGGGGGUCAGCUUUGGUGCACGACUACGAAGGCCAUCUCUGAGGGUGAAGAGCUAAUUGCCUUUGUGGUGGAUUUUGACUCAAGGCUACAAGCUGCCAGUCAGAUGACUCUUACAGAAGGGAUGUACCCGGCGCGCCUGCUGGACUCAAUUCAGCUGCUCCCUCAGCAAGCUGCCAUGGCUUCUAUUUUGCCUACAGCUAUUGUCAAUAAGGAUAUAUUCCCUUGCAAGUCCUGUGGCAUCUGGUAUCGGAGUGAGCGGAAUCUGCAAGCCCAUUUGAUGUACUAUUGCAGUGGGAGACAAAGAGAAACCGCUCCAGUGUCAGAGGAAAACGAAGACAGCACUCCUCAGAUUUCCAGUAUGUGCCCCUUCCCACAGUGCACCAAGAGCUUUUCAAAUGCCCGAGCUCUAGAAAUGCACAUGAACUCACACAGUGGAGUGAAAAUGGAAGAAUUCCUCCCCCCUGGUGCUAGUCUAAAAUGCACCGUCUGUAGCUACACUGCUGAUUCUGUGAUCAACUUUCACCAACACCUGUUCUCCCAUCUCACUCAAGCUGCCUUCCGAUGCAAUCACUGCCACUUCGGCUUCCAGACUCAGAGGGAGUUAUUGCAGCACCAGGAGCUCCAUGUCCCUGGCAGCAAACUGCCCAGAGAAAGUGACAUGGAACACUCUCCAAGUGGAACCGAAGACAGCUUACAGCCAGCCACAGACCUGCUGACCAGAAGUGAACUCCCCCAGAGCCAAAAGGCCAUGCAGACUAAAGAUGCGAGCUCUGACACGGAGCUGGACAAGUGUGAGAAAAAGACUCAGCUCUUUCUCACUAACCAGAGACCCGAAAUUCAGUCUGCAACAAAUAAACAAAGCUUUUCUUACACGAAAAUAAAGUCUGAGCCCUCUAGUCCAAGACUUGCCUCAUCUCCAGUUCAGCCUAAUAUUGGGCCUUCUUUCCCCGUGGGACCCUUUCUAUCUCAGUUUGCUUUUCCCCAAGAUAUCACAAUGGUCCCUCAAGCUUCAGAGAUCUUAGCCAAGAUGUCUGAACUGGUACAUCGGCGACUGAGGCACGGAAGUAGUAGCUACCCUCCCGUCAUUUACAGCCCCUUGAUGCCCAAAGGGGCUACCUGUUUUGAGUGUAACAUAACAUUCAAUAAUUUGGAUAAUUACCUAGUGCACAAAAAACAUUACUGCAGCAGCCGAUGGCAGCAGAUGGCCAAGUCCCCAGAGUUCCCUGGUGUUUCAGAAAAGAUGCCUGAGGCCGUGAGUCCCAACACUGGCCAAACCUCUAUAAACCUUCUCAAUCCAGCCGCUCAUUCUGCUGAUCCUGAGAAUCCACUUCUUCAAACACCCUGCAUCAAUUCUUCCACUGUUUUAGAUUUAAUUGGGCCAAAUGGGAAGGGCCACGACAAGGACUUUUCCAUUCAAGCUAAGAAGCUCUCCACCCCCAACAGCAAUGAUGAUAAAAUUAAUGGAAAACCUGUUGAUGUGAAAAAUCCCAGUGUCCCCUUAGUGGAUGGGGAAAGUGACCCAAAUAAGACUACCUGUGAAGCUUGCAACAUUACUUUCAGCCGGCACGAAACAUACAUGGUCCACAAACAGUAUUACUGUGCUACGCGCCACGACCCUCCGCUCAAGAGGUCAGCUUCCAACAAAGUGCCUGCCGUGCAGAGAACCAUGCGUACCCGCAAGCGCAGGAAGAUGUAUGAGAUGUGUCUUCCUGAACAGGAGCAAAGGCCUCCGCUAGUCCAACAGCGAUUUCUCGACGUAGCCAACCUCAGCAAUCCUUGUACCUCCACUCAAGAACCCACGGAAGGGCUGGGAGAGUGCUACCAUCCAAGAUGUGAUAUCUUUCCAGGAAUUGUCUCAAAGCACUUGGAAACGUCCCUCACGAUUAACAAGUGUGUUCCGGUUUCCAAAUGUGACACUACUCAUUCCAGUGUUUCCUGCCUAGAGAUGGACGUGCCCAUAGAUCUCAGCAAAAAGUGUUUAUCCCAGUCUGAGCGGACGACUGCAUCUCCCAAAAGGCUGCUGGACUACCACGAGUGCACUGUGUGUAAGAUCAGUUUCAACAAGGUAGAAAACUACCUGGCCCACAAGCAGAAUUUCUGCCCGGUCACUGCACACCAGCGUAAUGACCUGGCUCCGCUCGACAGCAAAGUGUUUCCGAAUCCAGAAAGCGAACGAAGCAGCCCCGAUGUCAGCUAUGAAAGAAGCAUCAUAAAAUGUGAGAAAAAUGGGAAUCUGAAGCAGCCUUCCCCCAACGGAAACUUAUUUUCAUCCCACUUAGCAACCCUGCAGGGCCUGAAAGUCUUCAGUGAAGCCGCUCAGCUCAUUGCGACAAAAGAAGAAAACAAACAUUUGUUUCUUCCACAAUGCCUGUACCCUGGAGCAAUAAAGAAGGCAAAAGGAGCCGACCAGCUCUCUCCUUAUUAUGGAAUAAAGCCAAGUGAUUAUAUUUCUGGUUCUCUUGUCAUCCAUAAUGCUGACGUGGACCAAAGCACAAACGCGGAAAAUGAAUCUCCCAAAAGCCAGGCUUCUUCCAAUGGGUGCGCUGUGCCGAAGAAAGAUUCCCUGCCGUUGUUGCCCAAAAAUCGAGGCAUGGUCAUAGUGAAUGGUGGACUGAAGCAAGACGAGCGCCCUGCCGCCAACCCACAGCAAGAGAACAUUGCCCAGAAUCCUCAGCAUGAAGACAGCCGCAAAUCUCCCUCCUGGAUCUCGGAGAACCCAUUAGCCACGAACGAGAACGUCUCCCCAGGAAUUCCCUCCACAGAGGACCAGUUGUCUAGUAUAGCUAAAGGUGUGAAUGGCUCCACCCAGGCUCCAACCAGUGGGAAAUAUUGCCGGCUGUGUGACAUCCAGUUCAACAACCUCUCAAACUUUAUAACUCACAAGAAGUUUUAUUGCUCAUCACAUGCAGCAGAACAUGUCAAAUGAAAUCACAAAAUAAAUAAACAUCACUCACCUUUGGUACCAGUGUUUAGUAUGUUGUUCUACCCAGUACAGAAAAAAAAAAAAAAA